UAUAAUAUAAUUUCUUAGCGACCAAACAUAGAAGAUAAAUUUGGUACUCUGUUUUUGGAUUCUGCAAUUUUGAUGCCAAUUUGAAUUUUACGUUCGAGCACGAGACGAUAGUCGGGCCAAGGCUAGCAAAUUAGCAGUUGGAGUAGCAAAAGCCGCCGAAACUCUUCAAGCUUCAGCAUCAACUGCUAGAAUACCAUGAACACUUCAUCUUCGGCUACUUCUUCUUCGGCAUCUACCAUAACAAUCGCCGGCAUUGGGGGAGGAAGCAGCAGCAGUGCUUUAUCCAUGGACGAUUUCCAUUUUUCCUCUGAUCUCAUCUCCAUUCAGGACUGCAAGGAAGAGGCCUUGCUCGUUUUGAAGUCUGAUUUGAUGGCUGCACUUAAUAAGGAGGUUAAAUCCUUGGAUGAAGAUAACUGGAAGUAUGAGGAGCCUCGCUCUCGCAUUCAUCUUAUAUCAAGAGAUGGUGGCUUUCUCCGCAAGCAAACUAGAAUUUCAAAGCAUGCCAACUUCACUCUGCCAAAGUGAAUUGGACUUCUGCAUCCUGUCUGUAUAAGAGGUUUGGCUUCUUUCAUCAUCAGUCUAUUGAUUAGGCGAUUCAGCUGUUGGGCUUCAUCUUGAUUGAGCAUGAAGUGUGACAGUUUGAGGGGGAUGUGGUCUUGAAUAUGCUGCUUUCACAAUAUUUAUGUUCUUCUCUUUUAGAGAGAGAGAGAGAGAGAGAUUCUCUGUUAUUAUUGCUGUUGGGCGUUGACCUUGUUUUUAGAAGUAUGAUCGUGGAGCAGUGUUUUAUGCCUUUCUUCUACUUUGUGAAAUGUAUUUUCUUUGAGGAUAGCUGCCGGCCUUCUUGUGUAAUGGGGAACUUGUAGCAUCACUUUCUACUAACUACACAUUUUGUGCACGAACAGUUUGUAUUGAAUUUGUCAUCCAAUCAUUUGAUUUAUUUA